UUCCUGCAGCGUGCUUCCAUUGUUUCACCCUAAUAUUCAUGAACCAAAUGCACCAGUGGUACUGAUGCCCUGCAGGAGAUGACAGCAGCAUUUACUUCCAGACCCCAGAAACACUGACGCACCAAACCCGAUGGACCAGCUGACUCUGAGCUGCAUGAUGGGAGAUGUGUAAGAUGGACUCCAGCACGGAUUCAGACUCUGAGAUCAGCCCCAGGUGGUCGGACACCAGCACUCUGGGAUGUGUGAGCAGCGCACCAGAAAGCAGAACCUCCUGCCGGACCGUGGCGUUGACAUACAAGUCUGCAGGAAGACAUGGCUGCUGUUCGCUGUUUUUGGACCCGUAUGAUGGGAGCUCAGAGGAUUCUGAGGAGCCAAACGGUGCCAGCAGGGAGAAGAGGCAGCAAGGAGGACGCAGCGGCUCUGGCCAGAGAAGGCGAUUGUUGCGUCACCACGCCGCCUCUUUAACAGUCAGUGAAAUGGUGACAAACAGCAGCAGAGACUCUUCAACACAUUAUCAGUCUGUAGUUCAUCAAAGUGUAAGCUAUUCAACAAAGGGGAACCAUGCUAUGGAUGUAGAGGUGCAGCUUGGUGGCUCCGGGUUGGAUGCAGGUUGCAGCCCUGGAUUUCUGCCCCCAGAGGAAAGGAGCUCCUGUCGGAUCAGCAGCUGCUCUUCGCUCAGGCCGCUCUGCAAGAGGAAGGAACUCCCACCUGGAGGACAGGUGGAGGCGGAGCCAAUGAAGAGGCAAUGUGUUAGAAACAUGGAGGAGGAAGCUGAUGAACAAUGAUGGAGGCUACUGGUCACAAAUGCUGUUAAGUCUCAUAUUGUAUCCAGAAAUGCAGGUUUGUUUUUGCUGAAAUUAAUGUUUAAUUUGACUUGUUUUGAUUUCCCAGGAAUAUUUAUAUUAAGUUUCAUCUAACAGAUUCAUUGUAAAGAUUAGAUUCCUCCUGAUUUUUAAAAUCCCCCUAAUUUUAGCCAUAAUUUGGUCCAAUAAGUUGAAAUUUAUUUAAUUUUCACUGAGCAAAUGAUUAAAAUUCUCCAGGAUUUGCUGUUAACUUGGACCUUUACGUUGCUGUGAAACCAAAGCUUUUACAUUUCAUUGAGUGUUUGGAGCAAAAAGACUAAAUUAAAGAUUAUCACGUUUUAA